CUCCACUGAUAAUCUCACGCUCAGCGCCGAGCAACACCAACAAACCUCCUCUCCUGUCUUCUCUUCUCUUGCCGCCAUGCCUCCUGAGCUGCAGUCCCAAAACCCGAGCAGCCCGCGGGUCCUGCAGGGCGAUCUGAGCGCCCUCAGCCCGGCCGUCAGGGAGUUCGUGGAGGCCAACGUGCUCCUGUGCCAGCCGGACUCCUUGCACAUCUGCGACGGCUCCGACGAAGAGAACCGGACCAUCCUGUCCCAGCUGGAGGAGCAGGGGCUGAUCAAGAAGCUCCCCAAGUAUGAAAACUGCUGGCUGGCCAGGACCGACCCUAAGGACGUGGCCCGUGUGGAGAGCAGGACAGUGAUUGUGACCACAGAGCAGCGGGACACGGUACCCACACCCCUGGGGGGCGGAGUCAGCCAGCUGGGCCGCUGGAUGUCGCCAGAGGAGUUUGACAAAGCGUCGGCCCAGAGAUUCCCCGGAUGCAUGAAAGGUCGCACCAUGUACGUCAUUCCCUUCAGCAUGGGUCCAGUCGGGUCCGCCCUCUCCAAGAUCGGAGUGGAGCUGACGGACUCGCCGUACGUGGUGGCCAGCAUGAGGGUGAUGACCCGUAUGGGAAAAGCGGUUCUGGCCGCACUCGGGAGCAGCGAGUUCGUCCGCUGUUUGCAUUCUGUCGGCUGUCCGCUGCCGCUAAAAAAACCUCUAGUCAACAACUGGCCUUGCAACCCCGAGCAGACCCUCAUCGCCCACAUCCCAGAGUGCAAACAGAUUGUCUCCUUCGGGAGUGGCUAUGGCGGAAACUCCCUGCUGGGGAAGAAGUGCUUCGCCCUGCGCAUCGCCUCGCGCCUCGCCAAGGAAGAAGGCUGGCUGGCCGAACACAUGCUGAUCCUGGGUAUCACCAGCCCUGCGGGGCAGAAGAAGUAUAUGGCGGCGGCCUUCCCAAGCGCCUGUGGGAAGACCAACCUGGCCAUGUUGUGUCCAACGCUGCCAGGCUGGAAGGUGGAGUGCGUCGGGGACGACAUCGCCUGGAUGAAGUUUGACCAACAAGGCAACCUGCGCGCCAUCAAUCCAGAGAACGGCUUUUUCGGCGUGGCGCCCGGCACUUCGGCCAAAACGAACCCAAACGCCAUGGCGACCAUCGCCAAGAACACCAUCUUUACCAACGUGGCAGAGACCAGUGAUGGCGGCGUGCACUGGGAGGGUAUGGACGAGGAGCUGGAGGAGGGCGUCAGCGUCACUUCCUGGAAGAACCAACCGUGGAAGCCAGAAGACGGUGAACCUUGUGCACACCCCAACUCUCGUUUCUGCACGCCGGCCGAUCAGUGCCCCAUCAUAGACCCCCUGUGGGAAUCACCUGAAGGGGUUCCGAUCGAGGCCAUCAUCUUUGGGGGGCGGCGGCCUGAAGGUGUGCCGCUAGUCUUUGAAGCCUUCAGUUGGCAACAUGGAGUUUUUGUUGGCGCCGCCAUGAGGUCUGAGGCCACCGCUGCAGCUGAACACAAAGGCAAGGUGAUCAUGCACGACCCGUUCGCCAUGCGCCCGUUCUUCGGCUACAACUUCGGCCAGUACCUCUCUCACUGGCUCAGCAUGGCAGAGCGUCCUGGCGCCAAGCUCCCCAAGAUCUUCCACGUCAACUGGUUCCGCAAGAGUCCCUCAGCCGGCUUUCUCUGGCCCGGUUUCGGCGAAAACAUCCGCGUUCUGGACUGGAUGUUUCGGCGGUUGAACGGCCAGGCCGGCGCCAUGCCGUCCGCAGUGGGCUACCUGCCGUGCCCACACUCCCUGAACCUGCAGGGUCUGAGCGUGGACCUGGAUCAGCUCUUCGCUCUGGAUCAGGACUUCUGGCAGAAAGAGGUGGAGGAGGUGGAGAAGUACUUCAGCACGCAGGUGAACGACGACCUGCCUGGCGAGGUGGCGAGGCAGCUGCAGCUCCUCCAGCAGAGGGUCAAGCAGAUGUGAAAAAAAAAGGUUACUGGAAAAACUCCAUUCUUGUUUUUCUUUGACAUGCUGGAAUGUCCCAUUUACAGCGAUUUAAAGCUCACUGUAAAUGUCACUAAUUCAAGGUGAACAAUUCAAAUAUAUUAGUGUUAGCAUUCAAUGCUAACUGCAAGCGUUCCAUUCAUCUCUGUGCUGUUGCAGUGUGCGUGCUUAUUUGAUGCAAUUGUAUUUUGUUUAAUUGGUUAUACUUGAUAACUUAUUGCCAACGAAAAGCACCGUUUCUAUAUUUUUUGCUUUAAUUUAUUUUUAUGUGUUAUGUAGUCCAAUCUAAGCCCCGCCCCUAAAAGGGCAAUCAACAGUGCACAUAUUUUAACAUACUUCUGUUGCUUAUUUUCUCAUGUUGUAUACGUUCCAUUGAUGGCUCUUGUUUAAACGUUUAAGUAUUUCAAU